UCCGCAUUGGCGCCAUCAACGGCAGUGGCAGAUGACGCGUGAUCUGAUCUGACCGGGAAGAAGGGCAGAGGCAGACGCCUUCUCUCCGUGCCUCUGGCAACGGACGCACAUCGAGCCCCCAAGAAAUAGGCCGUACCUCCAAUCCGACGGCCGUCGCCGUUCAACGGGAUUCGCAUAUUUGCCCGGCACACGUGGGCGGUCCCGGGCAAUCGCUGCCCGACACGCUCGCACGGCGGGAACGAGGGACCAGUGCUUCUCUCUCUCUCUCUCUCUCUCUCGAUGCUUUUCCCUUCAACAGUUCGUUUCUGCUCUGUCCCUACCUCUCUCGGCGCCGUAUCCUCCAAAACCCUAGGAAACCAGGAGGUCAGGUGAGAGGGAGAGACUGACGGGCCUCAUCGUUUCUUUCGUUUCCCUCCCUCUUGAUGGAAGGUACAUGGCACGCGAAAUGCAACUCUUCCCUGCCUCCUUCGUUACCGAUUCUUCAAUUUCCGGCGAUGGAAUCACGAUCCCAGGUACGUAUGGGUGUUGGUCAAUAUCCACAUCCCUCUUCUGUACAACACGGUUGCACAAAUGAACGAGCUUCUCGAGAAGGAUCAAUGAUGUUCGACACAUUCAAUAUAGGUCAUAAAACUGGAAAGCCUGACAAUGGGAACUAUUUCCUGGCUUUGCUGGCAGCAUCUCCUCAACAGUUUCAAUGUGAAAUGCCAAGCUCUUCUGUCGCCAGGCUGCCUAUGAGCACAUGCACAUUGCCCAUUCUUGAAAGCAGUGUUGUAUGUAAAGCAUCUAGCUCUACAGUUGAAGGUUCAAAUCCCAUGACAUGGUUGCCACAACCUCAGGGAAGUGAAUGCUUCAGGAAUGAAGCUGAAGUUCUCUCUGUUUCAUUGAGAGAUCUUCCUGCAGUUUCUCGUGGCCGAGCCAUGCUGUUGCAUGAUGUUGCUCAAACAGGAAAUUCCCCCCUUCAUGGUUUCAAUCCAUCCAGACAGGCUCCUCAUCAUGCUGUCUUUAACUAUAGAACAGGCUCUAAAGAAUCAGAUCCAUGUUUUCCUGGUGUAACUCAGACGUUCAGCAAGCUUCAGCAGACCUGGGAGACAACUAGUCAUGGUUUCAUGAAACAGGCAUUAGAAUCGCAAUAUUCAUUGCCUGCUUCGGCUUCUGCUUAUUUGAGAGGGUAUCCUCGUGUAUUUUGUCUGACUACAAGUGGAGUUCUGCUCAUCAGUGAGACGGGUCAUCUUGGAAUUAUCUGCUUAUGUCAUAAUCUCCACAUGUCUGUGUCUAAUUUCUGUGAGCAUUCAGGAUCAUCUGCUGCUGAUCCAGGAGAUUCUGUUCGCAUGGAGAGUGGUGAAACUCUUGGCCAGUGGCGCAGGCUUUAUUUUCCUAAGCUUGGGAUCAAAAUGCGGGAUGAGAAUAGUGGGUGGGAUUGGCCUGAUUGGAACACAGGCAUGUCUGGGUCAUCUGAGCUGAAGGCCUCUCAUUUGCAGAAUAUUGCAAAGGACUCUUGUCUGAGACAAGAUGUUGGCUUAUUUGGCAGAAGAGGGAUGGCCAGCCAACCUUGCAGUGAGCUCAUCUCAUUCACCAAUCCUCUUUCAGAACAGAUUAACUUUGAAACUUUUGCUGAUUGCUUUGGCCGUGAUGCACAACAGAGGAACGCAUAUGGGGAAUGUGAUGUGGUCAAGAAUCCUAAUGGUAUCUCACAUGCUGCUCUCCAUGUUUUUGUAAACAAUCAGAAUGUAUUGUCAUUUGGAGAUACUCAUGCAGAUUCGUCGAAAGGUACUGUUAGCAAAGAGGCACAGGAGGAUGGAUACCAAUCUGUUGCUGAAUGUGUUGGCAUGAUCCAGAAAAGUGGCAACUCUUAUUCUACGAACAUUCCUAUGGAGAGCUUGAAAUCCUUUACUAAUGAUUCUUCUGGAAGCAGAUGUGUUAAUCCUGCACAACCUUCAUUUCUUCAUUCAGAUGCAUUUUCAUCAAACUUUGAGCUGAGGCUUGGGCAGCCAUCUGAGCAACCACAAGCCUGCAAUGGUUCCUUCGUACCUUUAAAGUCUCAAGCACUGGAUCUUGUAAUUGAGCCCAGGGUAUUACAGUACGAUUCCAUGAAACACAGAGCUAUUAAUACCAGGUUACCUGCAGAACUUCAGCAAUCCUGGCAACACCCCCAACAGGAAUCAUUAGCAAAAAAGGAAACGGAGAAAGAAGGUGAGGUAUUUCCGGUGACAUAUGGAUUCAGGAGCGGAAAUGCUGACAAGGUGGGUGACAGCACUGUUAGAAGCUCUUUGAUGCAAGUGUUCUAUCCCCAAAUAGGGUUCCGUGGGAAUAAUGAAGAUGAUGUACUUUGGGAGGAUACUGAUCGGCUUGUCAGUAGUACUGAGCAACUAAUGGCUGGCAUACUUGGUGCAGAUUAUCCGGUUGAUAAGUGUGAGCUUGGUGAUCCUUAUAAAUGUAAAGUUCUUGCUACUGGUUUUUCCAAUCAAAUUGGUAAUGGUAAAAGCUUAGCUGCAGGGGUCAAUUCUUCUUCUAACUCCUUACCAGUGUCCUCUGUACAUACCAUGCCAUUUACGGAUGCAAAAUCUCAUGCUGUUACUGGUGGAAAUUGUGCCCAUGUUGGGUCAAGCUCUCAUGUUGGGCAAUCAUCUUAUGUGACUGGUUCUUUAUAUUCUGCAUAUGACCUAAAAAGUCCUGGUCAGGUAGGAUUGAGUUCUACUAUUGGUAUCCAUGAUCCCUCCAUCACACCUGGUCCUUCACUAUCAUCAUUAUCUCCAGUCAACUUUCCUGUUAGAAAUCAGAUAUGUUUAUCCAAUUUUAAAUCAAUUUCACAGAAGGAGGAGAGUAUUCAUCCGGCCCAGCAUAAGUGUGAUGAGAAUUCAAGGCUAUGUGCUUUGAGGAACAUGGUUGGUAUGUCUGUGCAUGAUCAUGAAAUUGCCAAUCAUGAUUUUUCUCAAGAUGAUGGCCGAUUGUGUUGUCACACGGCUAUCCAAAUGCAGAGAAAUGAAGACAAAGAAGACGUGACAAGGAUGAAACUAACUCAUGGUUCCUUCCUCCCUGGUAGAGAGACUUCUGAAGUUUCUGUAAGAUCACUACACACUUGCAAUACUCAUUGUUUGGGUGGUGGUUGCCCAUGCUGCCUUUCAGGUGCAACAAGUGCGUGGAAUCUGAUUAUGCCUCACGAGAUUGCAUUUCAUUCUAAAGAAAUAGAUGCACCAUCCAGAUAUUGUUGCUGCAGCCAUGGCCAUCAUGAGCAAUGUUUAUUAAGACUCGGGAAAAACGCACAUGGUUGUACAGACAAUGAUGAGCAUGCCUGCUGUAACACUACUUUAUCUGGCAAAUGUGGCUGUUUUGGUCGGAUAAGGUGCUUGGCAGGAAAUUGUUGGUCAAGGUUAGACAUUUCAUCUGGCAGUUUCCAUGAACACAAUGAUCAUGACCAUGCUGCAGGUAGAAGCUCUUUCUUGCAUGGCCCCCUUGUUGACAGAAGACCUUAUGCCCCAAGUGGUGGGACAAGUCAAAAUAUCCAUCAUGAGAACUUGGGCGGAUGUGACUCACUAAAAUUUGAUUGUCAGUCUAUUCAUUGGCGACAAAUUCCUGGUAGACCGAAGGUUAAUUCUGUUACUACCUCCACUGACAUGCCAGCAGAGAUUGUAAAUACUGAAGGAGAGGUUGACCAUAUGCUUCAGAACACUUAUUUGAGGGGUUCUGUUAAGGCUCCUGCAGAAUCCAUGUUGAACGAGCAACAAAUGUCUAAUGUGUGCUCAGAAGGUUCUGCUCCUGCAGUUACUGAGUUUUCAAUUUCCAGUGGUGAUAAUUGUACAGAUGGUGAGAAUGCUACACUCAAGAAUAGUUCUAUUGUUGAUGAAGAAUCAGGCAUUAAAAAAAGUAUUUCAUCUAGUGAUGCAACUGAUACAGAGAGGGUGCAUGAAACCACAUCUCUAUUCAGGAAAGUUCAUCCAGUAUUUCCUGUAUUUGCUGAUAUACCAUCACAUAAAUUAGCUGGUAAAGCUAAGGUGACAAAUUCUGUUAGGUUAAAGAAAUUAAAGAACAAUGGUUCUAUAAGACCCAUUUUACAUGAACCAAUUGUUACUGGUUUUAAGAUGCAAGCUAAAGAAAAAGCAUAUAAGGUGAGGCAACUUGAUUCAUCACUUGACACUUCAGAGCCCAUUAGAAGCGAUUAUGAUGUUCCUAAAUGUGAUGGUUCAUUUAACCAUACUGACGAACCCCUGCAAGUUGAUGAGCAAGAAGUAAAGCCAGGUUGCUGUUUUGCUUCUGGACAAUCAAAUCAUAAAAGAAGACGCUCUAUGUUGUCCUGUACUACAUCCAUCAAUAAGAGAUCUGAGGCCUGUAUUGAGCACCAAAAUGGUCACCUGUUUGACACUCUGCAAAGGGAGGAAGGAAUAAAAGGUGGAGUACCUAAAGUUCUAUCUAGAAAGAAGUCAACAUGCAACGAAAGUAAAACUUUGCACGAUAAUGGUCUAGUUCAAGGUGUUGCAGUGAGUUGUGUGCAUCAUGAGAAGGUCAACAAGUGGAUAAACUGUGGUUUUAGUCAGCAUCCAAGUGUUUGUCAAGAAAAACAUUUGAUGCACAGAAAACAAAGACCUACAGUUACUGGGAAUUCUGGCAUUAUUACCAAUGGAAGUCUCUCUGAAGGAUUGCCAAAGCCUUUAAAAUUUGGCUCUCUCAGCUUGAUUCUAAAAACUGCAAAAAGAUGCCCUACUGCAGUAGAUGACCCAUCAAAAUUUUCUGCAUUAUCAAAGACCAGAAAGGCAUGCAAUGAGGAAAGCAAUGGCUGCAGCGAGAAACCGUCUACGUGGACAAGUGAAGAUAAUGAAGUCCCUUUGCAGUCACUUACUAUUGAUGAUAAUCAGUCUAUUUCUGUCCUAAAUGGCGAGCAGGAUGCACGAAUGGUUCGCAAGCGAAGUUUAUGUGAACUAACUGGGAAGGACAAAGAGUCAAAUGAACCAAACAAAAGAAUUUCUCAUGCUAAUUUACGUGUUGAUGCAGGGGCUAGCUUUGGUGUUAGUUAUAAGAAGGACAAGAAGUGGGUAUACCAGUCCGCAUUGAGAUCUUCUGACGAGUUAUGCGUAAACAGUGAGGGAGAUAUUCAACAGCACGUGGAUGGCACAUUUCAACAAAAUCACAAGAGAGCUCCUAAGCCGCUUAAGCGUAAAAAGUCUGUUCUUGAUGAUGGUACCGUUUGCUGUGUAUGUCGAAACAAUGAGAUGGAUGAUUGCAACAGAUUGUUGCAAUGUGAAAGCUGCCUGAUUAAAGUUCACCAGGGUUGCUAUGGGGUCUUGAAGUUACCUAAAGGUCGCUGGCUCUGUAGGCCAUGCAGGGAAGGUUCAAAGAAUAUUGUUUGUGUUCUUUGCGGGUACCAAGGUGGUGCCAUGACACGUGCUCUAAAAAGUCAGAAGAUUAUAAGAAGCUUGUUGCAGGCAUGGAAAGUUGGGAAAAGACUAAAGCCAGUUACUGUUGUUUCACUUUCUGACGUUAAGGAUGAAGUGGACAUGCCCAAUUGUACUUCAACAGCUGAGGGUCAAGGGAAGAGGGAAUGUUCUCUUAAUGAGAUUAUGAAAGCUGGUAUGAAGUCACUGGAUGCUGGAAAAUGGAUGAACCUCCUUCACCCGAGCAAGAACCAUGGGAUUUCUAGCAUUCUGAGCAGUAAUAUGCUUUCCAGGAAUGGCUUAGUUGAUUCACUUCUCAAUUCUGCUGUUAAACAGUGGGUCCAUAUGGUUUGUGGGCUGUGGAUGCCGGGGACAAGGUGUCCUAAUGUUGAUACAAUGAGUGCAUUUGAUGUAUCUGGUGUUGCAUGUGCCAAAAAGAACAAGGUGUGCUCAAUGUGCAGGCGAUCUGGAGGCUCAUGCAUUAAGUGCAGGGUAGAUGGUUGUACCAUGAUGUUUCACCCUUGGUGUGCACACCAGAAGGGUCUACUGCAAAGUGAGGUUGAAGGUAAACAUAAUGAGAGCAUUGGGUUCUACGGAAAGUGCGUCCUUCAUUCCAGGGACAGAUGCCAACCUGCUUGUGUAAAUCCUGCUGAUGUGUCCUUAGAAAGUGAUAAGGCUACUUCAGAAACUGAUAAAUUUACGUGUGCUCGAACAGAGGGCUACAAGGGUCGGAAGAAGGAAGAAGGAUUGAAGCCUAAUAGCAUGCAAGGAUGCUCACGAGAUGGGAGUGGAUGCCUAGUUCCACAGGAGCAAGUUAAUGCAUGGCUUCAUAUUAAUGGCCAAAAAUCUUGUGCAAAGUUGCCUGCAAAAUCCUUUCUGGCAUCAGACGUUGAGUAUGAUAGCAGAAAGGAAUAUGGCCGAUAUAAGCAGGCCAAAGGGUGGAAAAAUUUGGUGGUAUAUAAAUCUGGUAUUCAUGCACUUGGUCUGUACACUUCUCAAUUUAUCCCUAGAGGAGCAAUGGUUGUUGAGUAUGUGGGUGAGAUAGUGGGUUCACAUGUGGCUGAUAAACGAGAGAUAGAAUACCUUUCUGGAAGAGGAGUACAGUACAAGAGCGCCUGUUAUUUCUUCAGAAUCGACAAGGAACAUAUUAUUGAUGCUACCCGCAAAGGAGGGAUUGCCCGUUUUGUCAAUCAUUCGUGUCUGCCUAACUGCGUUGCCAAGAUUAUUACUAUUCGGAAUGAAAAGAAGGUUGUCUUCUUUGCCGAGAGGGACAUAAACCCUGGUGAGGAGAUUACGUAUGAUUAUCAUUUUAAUCAUGAGGAUGAAGGCAAAAAAAUACCUUGCUUCUGUAAUUCAAAAAAUUGUAGGCGGUAUUUGAAUUAGUGCUUGUAAUUUUCUUUUUGCCAGUUUAGUUCUUUAAUUCAUUCUUUCUUGGGUUCA